UGUGUGUGCGGUGUGAGCGCACGCGCGCGCGUGUCAAGCUCUCCGGCUGUCAACAGCAGCACGCGCUUCUUCUUCACCUUCACCUUCACAACACACACACACACACCAGCGACAAAACAGACGACACUCGCGCACAGACAGUAGCUACCAGCGACAACUGAGUUUUAGGUCUCUAGUAAUGCACCGCUAGAAAUGUUUUUAAAAUUAAAGCAAUGCGAACCAUCUGCGUCAAAAUGGACUGGUGUACGGGCGAACUAACGUGAAACCAUCCUCAAAUUGAUUUAGUUGAGCGUUGUAGCCUACUUGAACGUGGGACGGGAUGGUCUGAAGUAUUGUGUUUACUCUUGAAGCUUUUACAUUGAAGCACAAUGUUCACGUUUGACAGCAGUGCCUAACAUUUGAUCUGCGCCGUUUGUGCUGAAUAUGACAGAGGACAUUAUGACGGCUGUGCGCGGAAAUCUUUCUCAAACAGCAAGUGCUUCGGGACAAAAAGAUAGCGGACAAACUGCUCCGACAAACGGGGCGAUUCCUCCCUCCUCAGCGGCGGCGGAACUCAGCGAAGACUCCUCGUCCUGCACCAGCGAACUGACCCGCACGUGGCUGCCGUUCGCCAAGACCUUCGUCAUUAUCUUCCCCAUAUAUGUAUUGGGUUAUUUUGAGUUCAGCUUUAGUUGGCUUUUAAUCGCACUCACAAUGUAUUUUUUUUGGAAGAGAAACAUGAAGUGUAAGAACACGAGGCUGAACAGAUCACUCUCCUUUUUUGAGCAAGAGGCUGUUAAACAGGAGCUGGAGGCAAUUGAGUUGCCAUCAUGGGUUCAUUAUCCAGAUGUGGAGAGAGUUGAGUGGCUAAAUAAGACAGUGAAACAGAUGUGGCCUUAUGUGUGUCAGUUUGUGGAGAAGCUGUUUAAAGGAACAAUCGAGCCAGCCAUCAAAGAAGCCAAUGCCCACCUCAGUACAUUCAGCUUCACCAAGAUCGAUCUCGGAGAUAAGCCUCUCAGGAUUAACGGGGUCAAAGUUUACUCUGAGAACGUCGACAAACGGCAGAUCAUCAUGGACCUUCAGAUCAGCUAUGUUGGAAAUACUGAAAUCGAUGUGGAUAUCAAAAGGUACUACUGUAGAGCAGGGAUCAAAAGUAUACAGCUACAUGGAGUUCUGCGUGUGAUUCUUGAACCGCUUUUGGGGAAUAUGCCGCUGGUUGGUGCUCUAUCCCUGUUCUUCCUCAAGAAACCACUGCUGGACAUAAACUGGACAGGCCUCACAAACAUAUUGGACAUCCCAGGGCUUAAUGGAUUUUCAGACCACAUGAUCCAGGAUAUUAUCAGCACUUACAUGGUGUUGCCCAAUAGGAUCACUGUACCCCUGAUAGGUGAGGUUGAACUGGCACAGCUUCGUUUCCCUAUGCCAAAGGGAGUUCUAAGGAUUCAUUUUCUUGAGGCUCAGAAUCUGGAAGUUAAGGACACAUACCUGGGCGGGUUGAUCAAAGGCAAGUCUGACCCAUAUGGCAUGCUGCUUGUCAGCAACCAGGUCUUUAGAAGCAAGACCAUCAAAGAAUGUCUGCACCCCAAAUGGAACGAGGUGUAUGAGGCACUAGUAUAUGAACAUUCAGGACAGCAUCUGGAAAUAGAGCUUUUUGAUGAAGACCCAGAUAAAGAUGACUUCUUGGGCAGUCUAAUGAUCGACUUGAGUGAGCUUCAUAAAGAACAGAAGGUUGAUGAGUCUGGGAAGAAAGUGAGCAUAGAUCCAAAUCCUUUUGUCAAACUGACUGUUGGACAAAAGAUGUAUACAAGCAAGGUUAGGUAUAAAACUUCUGAGCCGUUGUGGGAGGAGGCCUUUUCCUUCCUUAUCAACAACCCCCGCACUCAGGAACUGGAAAUUGAGGUGAGGGAUAGUAAGCACAAGUGCUCUCUGGGUUGUGUGCGGGUGGCACUUGGUUCUCUCCUGAAGGAGGCGGACAUGACGCAAAAUCAGCAGUUCCCCCUGCAGAACUCUGGCCCCAACAGCACCCUCAAACUCAAAAUGGCUCUCAGGGUCCUCUGUUUGGAAAAGGAGGUCACGUCCAGCCAACCAUCAUCUGUCCGAGUCAGACACACAAGUCAAAAUAACACUUACGUGUCCCCUCAAUCUCAAACAGCUACUAGCUAUAGCAACUCCACAGUCAUCCAGACGUCACACAACCCACCUUGUACCCCUCCACCGGACACCCCUCAAGGGAAAAGAGGAUCGGAUGGCUCCCCGGUGCGGCUUGCGGAGGUAGGCCGCAGUGUUUCCAGUCUAGUGAUAAGCAGCUCGCACAAGCAUCAGACUCACAGAGACUCUACUCCUAGUCUGGCCUCUGACAUUUCACUGCCCUGUGCCACAAUGGAACUGCAGCAGCGGUUACAGCAGCUACAAAACGGCUCUGGGCUGAGCCAAUAUCCGCUUGGUGAAGUCCAGCUCACUAUUCGACACAGCUCACAGAGGAAUAAACUUAUUGUAGUGGUUCAUGCUUGCAGAAACCUCAUAGCACUGACCAGAGAUGGCUCAGACCCAUACAUCCGCCUGUACCUGUUACCAGACAAGAGCCGGAGUGGCCGCAGAAAAACCAGUACACUCAAGAAGACGCUCAACCCUGUCUAUGACCACUCCUUCGAGUUCAGUGUGUCAAUAGUGGAACUGCAUAGGAGGACACUUGAUGUUGCUGUGAAAAAUGGAGGAGGACUGCUGUCCAAACACAAAGUGCUACUGGGCAAGGCACUUGUGGACUUGGCAAGUGAAGAAAUUUCUAAAGGAUGGACUCGAUGGUAUCAACUGACUGAGGAUGGAUCGAAGAAGAUAAUUCAGAUGUAGUGGUGGUCCGUGCAAGAAGCCAGGAAAGAAUGAAACGGGCUGAUAACUGGGACAUGUCACAGCCCGCACAGGAUCACAUAGAAUCUUUAGUAGCAGAAGAGGAGCGUUGGAUUAACUAAACCAGGCUACUUCUACUGGGAUUUACACUGGCCUACAAACUCUCUUAUCAUUUAAUUCAAUUAUUAGGGUUUGCACACAUUUAUUUCUCCAGUAGAUAAAAAUGGUUGUCAAUCUAUAAUACAACAUAAACAAAAGAAUCAUUUAGAUUCAUGAAUACACUCUCUUUAUUGGAUUUAAGAUAUUUUGAUAAUAUUCUGAAACUUUUGGGUUUAGUACUACAUUUUUAAUGCUGCAUUUUGUAAACUAUUAGAAUCACAACAGAAAAAAAAAUAUUGAAAAAAUAGUUGGAAAGGCAGACAUUUUACUUUUACAUUGUUAUUUGUUGUGUCAGCAAAUAACACAAAGCACAUGGCCAAAGAGGUAUAGGGCCACAUUUGCAAAAGAAAAACACUACACAUGUAUGUAUGUAUGUAUGUAUU